AAUUGGUCGUACAAUGCGCAUUUACUAAUACAUUAACAACGUACAUAUCGCUUUGUAGAAGAAGACCUAACUCUCUCGAUGGUCUAAAAGCGUGCUACCGGCUCACAUCCACGCAGUGUGUCAGCAGCACGUGCGUGGGAAAAAUCUAAUUAAAAUUCAAAAUGUCCAGCAACGCAUCUACCGGUCCUAAUGACGCAAACGAUAGUUAUCUUCUUUUGGAAGAUGGUAGUGUUUUCUUGGGAAAACGCUUUGGUGCCGACGUAUCCGUCGAUGGUGAAAUCGUUUUCCAGACUGGUAUGAUCGGUUAUCCGGAAUCACUCACGGAUCCUUCUUAUCACGCUCAGAUUUUAGUGCUUACAUACCCACUCAUAGGAAAUUAUGGCGUCUUCGACGAUGAAAAGGAUGAAUACGGCAUACCAUACUGGUUUGAAUCCCAUCGUAUAUGGACUGCUGGACUCGUGGUUGGAGAAAUUUGCGAGAAGCCCAGUCACUGGCGACAAACUAAGACACUAUCUAAUUGGAUGAAGGAGCAAAAUGUACCUGGUAUAUGCGAGAUUGACACACGAGCACUGACAAAAAUAAUUACGGAAAAAGGUACUAUAUUAGGCAGGAUAAUUUUGGGUAAACCGUUACAUACUCUGCCAAUAAUGCCUCCAAUAGAAGAUCCUAACAAGAGAAACCUUGUUGAGGAAGUUUCUCAGCCAAACCCAAAAACGUAUAAUCCGGACGGGCACCCUCGUAUAUGUGUAGUUGACUGUGGUUUAAAGUACAACCAACUGAGAUGUCUGUUAAAACGUGGUGCUCGUGUGGAUAUUGUGCCAUGGAAUUACGAUAUUAAGACUGCCAAGUACGAUGGUUUAUUCCUCAGCAAUGGACCGGGUGAUCCUAGCAUGUGCCAAGUGAUCAUAGAAAAUAUUCGAGAAGUAUUCAAGCAAAAAAGACCUAUCUUCGGUAUAUGUCUUGGACAUCAACUGUUAUCUAUAGCCGCUGGCUGCGUUACAUAUAAAAUGCAGUACGGCAAUCGGGGCCAUAAUCAACCGGCCACGCAUAGAAUCACCGGACGUUGCUACAUGACCUCGCAGAAUCAUGGAUUUUGCGUCGAUGCUGCUCAAUUGCCGCCUGAUUGGGAAAUACUCUUUACCAAUGCCAAUGAUAGUAGCAACGAAGGUAUAGUCCACUGUGUCUUACCCUAUUUUUCCGUUCAAUUUCAUCCGGAGCACACAGCAGGACCUGAGGAUCUCGAAUGUCUCUUCGAUGUGUUUCUGGAGAACGUGAGAGACCAGAUCAGUAAUCGUCCUUACGUUUCUGUAAAGGAUAGACUCCAUUUAAGUCUAGUUUAUACACCUUUGUUUCCAAUCAUGACCGAACAACCGAAAAAGGUAUUAAUUCUGGGCUCGGGAGGUCUCAGCAUUGGCCAAGCUGGAGAAUUCGAUUACUCAGGCUCGCAAGCAAUUAAAGCACUAAAAGAAGAGUCAAUACAGACUCUCUUGAUAAAUCCUAAUAUUGCUACGGUGCAAACUUCAAAAGGCAUGGCCGACAAAGUAUAUUUCUUACCGAUUAUACCGGAGUACGUAGAACAGGUGAUACGAUCCGAGAGACCGGACGGUGUAUUAUUAACAUUUGGCGGGCAAACCGCUUUAAAUUGUGGCCUGGAACUUGAAAAAAACGGCGUGUUCGCCAACUAUAAUGUUAAAAUUCUAGGGACACCAAUUGAAUCCAUUAUACAAACCGAAGAUAGAAAGAUUUUCGCGGAUCGUGUCAGCGAAAUAAAUGAAAAAGUCGCGCCGAGCGCUGCCGUAUAUUCGAUUCAAGAGGCACUAGAAGCUGCUGAAAAACUGGGUUACCCCGUAAUGGCGCGCGCUGCCUUUUCGCUCGGUGGUCUUGGCUCAGGCUUUGCUAACACGAAAGAAGAGCUAAGGACACUAGCUCAACAAGCUCUAGCACAUUCCAGUCAAUUAAUAAUCGACAAAUCCCUGAAGGGUUGGAAAGAAGUGGAGUAUGAGGUUGUCCGCGAUGCAUACGAUAAUUGCAUCACGGUGUGUAAUAUGGAAAACGUCGAUCCACUCGGCAUACAUACCGGCGAGUCCAUCGUCGUCGCACCGAGCCAGACCCUGUCGAAUAAAGAUUACAACAAGCUGCGAACUACCGCCAUUAAGGUCAUUAGGCACUUCGGCAUCGUUGGAGAAUGUAACAUCCAGUAUGCUCUCAAUCCAUUCUCCGAAGAAUAUUACAUCAUCGAGGUGAAUGCUAGAUUAUCCAGAAGCUCGGCUUUAGCCAGCAAGGCUACGGGUUACCCUUUGGCUUACGUCGCCGCCAAAUUAGCUCUUGGAAUACCCCUACCAGAUAUUUGUAAUUCUGUUACCAAAGAGACGACAGCCUGUUUUGAGCCGAGUCUUGAUUAUUGUGUCGUUAAAAUACCUAGAUGGGAUCUCAGCAAAUUUCAUCGCGUCAGCACAAAGAUUGGUAGCUCCAUGAAGAGUGUGGGUGAAGUGAUGGCGAUCGGUCGUAAAUUCGAGGAAGCCUUCCAGAAGGCAUUGAGAAUGGUCAAUGAAAAUGUAAAUGGUUUUGAUCCUUACGUGAAGCCGAUAAAUGAUGAAGAACUAGAGAAGCCAACAGAUAAGAGAAUGUUCGUUCUCGCAGCUUCGAUCAAAGCCGGUUAUUCGAUCGACCGAUUAUAUAAACUCACUAAGAUAGAUCGUUGGUUCCUCGAGAAGAUGAAGAACAUUAUCGAUUAUCACAUACUCCUGGAGAACACCGAUCAUACGAAACUUACAAGUAAUUUACUGCUAGGCGCAAAGCAAAUUGGCUUUUCGGACAAACAGAUUGCCGCCAUAGUGAAAAGCUCCGAAUUGGCUGUCAGAAUACAGAGACAAGAACAUAAAAUCCGACCAAUGAUCAAACAAAUUGACACAGUGGCCGCUGAAUGGCCGGCCAGUACUAAUUAUCUUUAUUUAACGUACAAUGGUACUACUCACGACGUAGAGUUCCCUGGCGGUUACACAAUGGUUAUAGGUUCUGGAGUGUACAGAAUCGGUAGCUCAGUAGAAUUUGAUUGGUGUGCCGUGAGUUGUCUGCGUGAAUUGCGAAAUCUUGAACGUAAGACCAUAAUGGUGAAUUACAAUCCAGAAACAGUUAGUACAGACUAUGAUAUGAGUGAUAGAUUGUAUUUCGAGGAAAUCUCCUUUGAGGUUGUGAUGGACAUAUACGACUGUGAAUGUCCUGAAGGUAUAAUACUUUCCAUGGGUGGACAACUACCUAACAACAUUGCUAUGGAUCUGCAUAGACAGCAAGCUCGAAUCCUCGGAACCUCCCCGGAAUCAGUUGACGGUGCCGAAAAUCGUUUUAAAUUCUCUCGCAUGCUCGACAGUAUUGGCAUAUCGCAGCCGAGAUGGAAGGAACUGACAAAUUUGAAGUCCGCGAUUGAGUUUUGCGAGGAAGUCGGCUAUCCAUGCCUCGUAAGGCCUUCAUACGUACUAAGUGGUGCUGCGAUGAAUGUCGCUUACUCGAAUCAAGACCUUGAAUCUUAUUUAAAAAGUGCGAGCGAAGUUAGUAAAGAGCACCCUGUGGUAAUAUCAAAGUUUAUUCUCGAGGCAAAGGAGAUUGAUGUCGAUGUCGUGGCUUAUGAAGGGGUUAUUUUAUGCAUGGCAGUAUCGGAACAUGUGGAAAAUGCUGGCGUUCACUCCGGCGAUGCUACAUUAGUAACACCACCACAAGACAUCAAUACGCAAACUCUGGUGAAGAUAAAAAGCAUCUCGAAAGCAGUAGCAGCAUCUUUGGGAGUCACUGGUCCUUUUAACAUGCAGCUGAUUGCGAAGGAUAACGAGCUGAAGGUUAUUGAGUGUAAUGUACGAGUAUCCAGAUCUUUUCCUUUCGUUUCAAAAACUUUAGAUCACGAUUUCGUUGCAACGGCAACUCGUUUAAUCAUUGGCGAAACGAUUGAACCUGUGGAUGUUUUAGCUGGUUGUGGAAAAGUUGGAGUGAAAGUACCGCAGUUUUCCUUUUCUCGUCUUGCAGGCGCUGAUGUAACGUUGGGUGUCGAGAUGGUGUCUACCGGAGAAGUAGCUUGUUUCGGUGAGAAUCGUUACGAAGCUUAUCUAAAAGGCAUGAUGAGCACCGGUUUUCAUAUACCCCAAAGAGGUAUUUUACUCUCCGUAGGAAGUUUUAAGCAUAAAAUGGAGUUGCUAGGGUCUAUCAGAAAUCUAAAAAACAUGGGAUACAAAUUGUAUGCCAGCAUGGGUACCGCUGACUUUUAUACAGAGCAUGGUGUCGAGGUAGAACCGGUACAAUGGACAUUCGAGAACAUCGCUGUAAACGAAGAUUCUAGCCCGAGCCAACUUCGGCAUCUCGCCGAUUUCUUGUCGAAAAAGCAGUUCGAUCUUGUAAUCAAUUUACCUAUGAGAAAUGGCGGAGCCCGGCGUGUUUCAAAUUUUAUGACGCAUGGUUAUCGGACGAGAAGACUAGCAGCUGAUUAUUCUGUACCUUUGAUUACAGACGUUAAAUGCGCGAAGCUGCUGGUUGAAGCGUUAAGAAUGGUUGGCGGAAAAGCACCGCGUAUGAAAACGCACACUGAUUGUAUGUCAUCGCGAAAAAUGAUCAGAUUACCUGGCCUUAUCGAUGUGCAUGUGCAUACCCGUGAUCCUGGAGCGGUUCACAAAGAAGAUUUUGCCUCUUGCACCGCGGCAGCGCUGGCCGGAGGCAUAACAAUAAUUUUUGCGAUGCCGAAUACCAAUCUCCCCCCCCCCCUCUCUCAUAUCAUUUACUGCCUAUUUCAAUAGCAAGCUGUAGCUGACUCGCGAUGCGAUUAUGCACUUUUUGCUGGUGCUUCAUCAGAUAAUUAUAAUGAGAUACGUGAAAUAGCACCACACGUGGCCGCUUUGAAAAUGUACCUGAACGAAACGUUUACAACUCUUCGUCUCACUGAUCUUACUGUUUGGAUUAAGCACUUCGAAAGUUGGCCGAAAAAGUAUCCUUUGUGCGUGCAUGCGGAAGGACAAACCACAGCUGCGGUCCUCCUACUAGCAAGUUUGCACAGCAGGCCGAUUCAUGUGUGCCACGUAGCACGUAAAGAGGAAAUACAAAUUAUUAGAGCUGCUAAAGAACAUGGAUUGGCAGUUACAUGCGAGGUAUGUCCGCACCAUUUAUUCCUUUGCCAGGAUGAUUUGCAUCGAAUAGGCUAUGGAAGAGGUCAAGUAAGGCCUGUUUUGGGAACAAAGGAGGAUCAACAAGCUCUCUGGGAUAAUUUAGAUGUUAUCGAUUGUUUUGCAACCGAUCACGCUCCACAUACUGUACAAGAGAAGUCUUCCGAGAAACCACCACCAGGAUUCCCCGGCUUAGAAACUAUGUUACCGCUCUUACUGACCGCUGUGCAUGAAGGAAGGCUGACUAUAGAGGAUAUUAUAGACAAAUUGUAUCGAAACCCCAAAAGGAUCUUCAAUAUCCCCGAUCAACGUAACACAUACAUCGAGAUCGAUAUGGAUGAUGAAUGGAUUAUUCCGGAAGCAAUGACGUACAGCAAAUCGAAUUGGACACCUUUUACUGGCAUGAAAGUUCGCGGUUCCGUGCAUAGAGUUGUCUUAAGAGGUGAAAUUGCUUACAUUGAGGGGCAAGUACUAGUAAAUCCUGGAUUUGGUCAAGACAUCAGGGAUGUACAAUAUAAUACGAAGACUUCAUCAACGCUCCAUGCGCCGACAACAUCCGUUCAGCUCGCAGAUAUCAACAAACCAUUAUCACUAGACAGUCUCAUAUCGCCGAACUACGAAAAACCAAGCAUACAUGUUGAUGUGCAUGAAGACGAACAUUUUGAGUCAUUUACGCAUCUCUUGCAACCGGCAUCGCACAAAUCGAGCGUCCACUUUGCGCCGUAUACAGACGCCGCCGAUAAAGAACAUUCCAAGGCACUACCCUCUCAAAGAACUAUCUCACCGUUGCCAAUCAGCAAUGUUACUAGAUACAAAAGCGACAGUAAUCCAAAUCUGCUUAUGACUGCCGUCGCAUCGAUUCCAACUGUCCAUACAAGCAACAGUCUAAUCGGACAUCACGUGCUCACCGUGGAUAUCUUUAAUAAAGACAUAUUGAAAGAUAUAUUUCACUUAGCAGAAACUUUCCGAAAUGCUAUCAGAAAAGAACGACCCUUGGAUCAUAUUUUGAAGGGGAAGAUUAUGGCUUCUAUCUUCUACGAAGUCAGCACGAGAACAUCGUGCAGUUUUGCUGCUGCAAUGGAACGUCUCGGUGGACGCGUGAUAUACAUGGAUGGUUCUACAUCAUCAGUGAAGAAAGGCGAAACCUUAGAAGAUUCAGUAACAGUAAUGGCAGGAUACGCGGAUGUAGUUGUACUCAGACACUCAACGUCGGGUGCGGCAGCUAGAGUAGCGCAGCAUUGUAGGAAACCGAUAUUAAAUGCCGGUGAUGGAAUCGGUGAACAUCCGACGCAAGCGUUGCUGGAUAUUUUCACAAUUAGAGAUGAAUUCGGAACCGUAAAUGGUCUUACAAUCACCAUGGUCGGGGAUUUGAAGCACGGUAGAACCGUCCAUUCUCUUGCAAGAUUACUAACGCUAUACAACGUAGAACUUCGCUACGUUAAUCCACCUGGCCUUGAUAUGCCGAAUCAUAUCGUUAAUUAUGUGGCUGAACGUGGUAUCCCUCAAGAAAGAUUUUCAACUCUGGAAGAGGCUCUACCCGACACCGAUGUACUUUAUAUAACGCGGAUACAAAGUGAGCGUUUCGCUACGCAAGAACAGUAUCACAAGAUGUGCGGAUUCUUCAUAAUAACUCCGCAGUUGAUGUCUCGUGCGAAGAGAAAGAUGGCAGUGAUGCACCCUUUACCACGUGUUUUCGAAAUAAGCAAAGAAUUUGAUACUGACCCACGAGCGGCUUACUUUCGGCAGGCGGAAAACGGAGUUUACGUGCGCAUGGCAUUGCUGGCCAUGGUCCUUGGACGCAUCUGAUCUUGACAACCUGUCAUUUGUGAAUCAAAGUGUCUGCUGAAGGAGAUCAACGAUUGCGCUAAGGGAAACACACAACAUUUCUUCUGUGAUGCAACUUGAGAGAGUCAAGCUGAAUAUCAUUUAGGCAUUCCAAUCGUACGACUGUGAUAAUCUUCGCUUACCAACUUCGAUUUAUCACUGUGCGUAUGAGUAAGGCUCCAUUUGGCGUUCAUAACGCUCGCAAACAUUAUUUGUUUGUCAGACAAGCUGAGUAGAUAAUUAGAUUCGUAAAAGAGUACAAACUAAAGCACGAGACACAUUUAUAUAUUGUAUAUUUUUACAAAUUUUUAAAAAUUUUCCGACAAAA